GUGGAGGAGGUGGGAGCGAGAGAGAGAAUGGGAGGAGAAGCAGCUGCUCCCAGUCCAGUUCCAGUCCAACCUCUUCGCCCAUCAGGCAACAUUGACGCGCGCCUGCAGGAGGUGGCGGAGCGCUGCGCCUCGGGUCUCAUUCCGGCCGGGAUUGUUCACUCGACACCAUCACUUUGGGGCAGAGCAGUGAAGGAGUCAGACUGGAGGUCACUGAAGCGUUAGUAACCCGCGUAGACAGCACUGCGGUUCUGGUCAGCCUGGACACCGAGAUGGAGAUGGAGCACUUCGACGACAGGGACAAAGGUCACAGAAACGGCCGAUCCAGCGCGAAGAUGAACGGGCUCCAGAGUCCCACACACAGCGCACACUGCAGCCUGUUUCGCACCCGGACCCUGCGGACACUCAGCGCGGAGAAGAGAGCCAAGAAGGUGCGCUUCUAUCGCAACGGAGACCGGUACUUUAACGGGAUCGUGUACGCCAUUUCCACGGACAGGUUCCGGACCUUCGACGCCCUGCUGGCAGACCUGACUCGAUCCCUAUCCGACAAUGUCAACCUGCCACAGGGAGUCAGAACCAUCUACACACUGGAUGGUUCCAGAAGGAUCACCACGAUCGAUCAGCUGAUGGAAGGAGAGAGCUACGUGUGUAGUUCCAUCGAAGCCUUCAAAAAAGUGGACUACACCAAAAACGUGAACCCCAACUGGUCCGUGAACGUCAAGGCCUCCGCAGCCACGUCUCGCGGGCCUCCUUCGCUGGGGAGCACCAAAGCAGGAGCUUCAGAGAGCCGUGAAAUCAAGGACUUUAUACGUCCCAAACUAGUAACCGUGGUGAGAAGUGGAGUGAAGCCCCGAAAGGCUGUCAGGAUCCUGCUCAACAAGAAAACAGCCCAUUCUUAUGAGCAGGUCCUGACUGACAUCACGGACGCCAUCAAGCUGGACUCCGGAGUGGUCAAGAAGAUCUACACACUUGAAGGCAAGCUGGUGACGUGUCUGCAAGACUUUUUCGGUGAUGAGGACAUCUUUGUGGCUUGUGGGCCGGAGAAGUAUCGCUACCAGGAUGACCUGAUGCUGGAUGAGAGCGAAUGCCGCGUGAUGAAGCCGGUGAGCUACGGAAAGAUGUCUGGUUCCUGGAGCCGAGGUUCCCCGAGGACUGUGGUCCAAACCAGGCGCAGCAAAUCCCCAGCAUCUUUGAACGGGACGCCAGCCAGUCAGCUAUCCACUCCACACUCGGGGAAAUCUCCCAGCCCCUCUCCCGCCAGCCCGGGCAACAACAGUCAACGUCGGGAACAGGACAGAAGCGUGACUGAUAGGCCGACCACUUCUUAGAGACAUCUUAACUCACAUAUUGCUGCUCUGGGAUCCUGAGAGUUGCAGGCUCAUAUUUCGGUUCUUGACUACUGUCAUCCAUUUUUGUAGUUUUCGACGAUAACUAGAGUCUUCAUGUUGUUGGUAGACCUUUGACCAGGAUGCUGACUUUAAAUGAGCCGUCAGUGAUUUGUGCAAUAUCUGAUCAAAGGUGUUGAUCGAGCUUGUCUCAGGCUACACGACUACGAUUUCAUGUAAAACUGUGACUUUCGUCCUCCUACUUUAAUAUUCAUGCACUGUCUUCCGACAUGUUUUUGGUAUUAUGCCGCGAUCCAUCGUGAUGUGACAUAAGUUUUUAAAUCACUCAUUUUCACAAACAAAAAACAACUGAUUUAAGGUGAUAUAUUUACCUUUUAAAGUCAUUCUGCUUCAUUUCAGUGUAGUAAAUUCUUACCUAAACUUCUGAAACCACUAAACAAUUUGCUAGCGUAGCAACUUGCUUGACAAAAGCAGUUCACAAACCCAUCCAUUUACCGCGGCAAAUGUAAAAUACUGACAAAACGCCAGAACCUUAUUUGCAGUAGUAGCACAACUGAAGCGACCGUAAUUUUGGACAGUUCCACCUCCAGGACUGCAGGUGGCACUGUGACAAGGCGUUUCAGAGAGACGCAGCGUUAGCAGCAUCAUGAACAAACACAGUUUCGUUUCAAAAGUUUCAACAAGAAAGUAGUGUCAGGGAUGGAAGCGGUAUUCCACACGAUGAGAGCAGAGUGCUGCAAUCGCUAUCAGUGCAAACAUUAAUAAUUUUCUUGCCGCGAAAAAUAAUAAAAAUAAAAAAAUAAACAGAUGAGAAUUGACAGGAAGAGCAUGUGAUCUAGGUCAAGGUCUGGGGUGAAUUCUUGGCCUCAGCAGUAUUGUGGUUUGCAGGAAGAGCAUCUAAAAGAGCCUCUAAAAUUAGCAUGUCCAGCGAAUUAUGCUAACGUUCCUGAUCUCUUUUUAACCCAACUUUUUCUCAUUGACAUAUUCGACACAGUAAUGAAGCAGAAGAACAGAAGUAGUUUCAGACAGGUAUCUGUGCUCGCUCACCAGGUCUGGCAUCACUGAUAAAGAAUUCUCUAGAGGGCAGUAUGGAGGCGCAACAUGCAACUCAAAUGUUCCCAAAUUCCGACAAGCGUUCCGUCUCUCAGAGUGAUGUCGGAGCCUGAUGGAUUCCUCGCGUGCUCCCGAUGUACAUGAACCAUAGCAGCGACCCCAAACACUAAAUCCAGCAUGUCAUGAAGAAUUUAUCGCCGCAGACCCGAGUGGCUUUCCCUCGCCUGCUACACUUGACUGGCGUGACGGAGGCGCUGGUGCGGGGCUCUGCCUCGGGCGUCUGCAGUGACGUGGGCUUGUUGUCGGGCCCAAGAACACAGUUAGGUUGCGACUAUUCUCGGGGAGGUUUUACUGGAGCUUCAGUGAUGGUUUGUCAUGGAAGUGGGUCAUUGGAGAUUGCGCUGGGAAAGAGGGGCACAUAUUUAUAAAACCCCUUCACUCCCUUUAUGCUUCUCCCUUCCCAGAUGAAUGGACGGGCAGGAAGUCAAUCGCUGCGUCGCUUUCACUCGCCAGUACAUUCUGGAGGAGAUGAAGCUGCUAUUUUAAAUACACUUUUCUUUAGACUUCACUGGGAAUUUAAUAUCAUUAUUUGAAGAGUGACUGUGAAUGUAAUCAAAUUGCGCUGACCUCGACACAGCAAUAAUUCUGCUCCAGCGAACGCAUCGCACUUUUUUCAGAGACUAAGGAAGACAAGAAGGAAAAGUUGCAGAAGUCUUAAUGUGGUGGCGCUUACAAACCUCUUUUAAAACAAGACAAGUCGACAUGUAAAGACAAUUAAAGAUAAUCCAGAUUAAAAAUGAUGAUUAUUAUUAUUAUUAUUAUAUCUAUGGAGUGAUGGGAGUGGAUAAUUUGGUAAUAAAUGUAAAUAUAAUUUCAAUUCCUACUUUAUAUUUACACAGUUAUUUCGUAUUUAUUUCCACAUUUAUCGCUGUAUUUUUGCACUAGUGUUGCCCAGCAGUGGCCACUCUCAGCAACGUCCGCUUUCGCUUGUUGAGCCAUUCAAACUUCAUCUCAGCGGAAGGUGGCUUCGAAGGCCUGAGCUGCGAAGUCAUGACGACAACUAGCAAGGAAGCUCUCUGUGAAGGUCACAUGAUCACAGCCCACGACACUCCUCGCCUUCUAAGGUCGUGUCGUGUCGUUUUUCUUUAAGCUCCGCCCCCUCCCACACGGCUCAGCCACAGUCGUCAUUUUAAACUACUACGCGCAGUUUGAGACACAAAUGAAGCAGAUUAAUCCAGUUUCGCCACACUUGCGGUUUAAUUCUCCCCCUCCGUAUUUUCAUCCCUGAAAGUCUUUCAUUUUCCUCCAGCUCCCCGACACCCCACUUCCUCAGUAUGAGCGGGUAUUAACUUCACAGAAGGAAUUUACAUGUCCUCAUUUCCCUUGUAGACGAAGCAUAAUCUCCUCUGCGAGGUCGUCUCCAAGUUCUCCGCUUUAUAUUCAGGCACAUCCUUUGCUUACGUUGUCACGCAGCAAACCUGUACUUCAGCACAAUGUUACUGCCGCCGCAGCUCCGGCAUCAUGUACAGUCACUCUUGUAGAGCAUCCUGAAAAGACAUGAAAUCCUCAUUUUCCCGCCGCCUUCCGACCGCAGCCUGCUGAAGUCUCGCACAUGCUACAUGGUUUAUGCAUGCAGUGCACGCGACUGACCCAUUUUUAUCAACAAAGGCCUGAAACAGUGGUCCACAUUCAAGAAGUCAUCAUGAGCAGGGAGGGAAAUGGUGAGGAGGGAAGCGUAUUUUUCUGUUUGGAAUGAGACGUUCUGCAGCACAAAACGUAUUUUUAGGAAUCAAUAUUCAAAGUAGAACCUCAGGGCAAGACUUGAACUGGUGUUGCUUAUGUUUUCCGUGCGAUAGACUGGCGACCUUUCCAGGGUGUCCCCUGUCUUCACCUAAAUAUAGCUAAUGUUGCACCGCCUACAGAGGUUGGACAAAAUAAUGGAAACACCUUCAAGAGCUUUAAGGUUAAGGUGUUUCCAUUAUUUUGUCCAACCCCUGUAUUUUGCUAACUGAAGCUAUCGAGGCUCUUUAGUGUCCCACCACGGACCAAAACAACCGAAGAUCCGUGCUAAACUGGGUGUAACGUCCUGUAGUUCAACCCCACAAUCUCAUGUGAAAGUACCUUUAAUUCUCCAGGAUCUGUCAUCGAUUUGUCGCUACAUUAUGAUGUUGUUGGUCGCGCAGUCAAAAGUCCAAAGCCGUCCAAAAAACACGCUAUCGCACCGCCACCCGCUGCAUUUGUGUGGUUGAGUUGCAUGUUCCACCUCAUGUUGUGUUGAUUCAUACUGUCAGUGUGUUGUUCAUCCAUGUACCAUCUCAUACGUGUGAAUUGUUUUUCGCUUGUAUUUUCAUUUGUGUUUGUGUCCCUAGACCUAGUUUUCUUUUCUGUCUCUGUACUGAAGAACUGGUGGCGGCACACGAGGAACCAUCUCAUGCAAACACUAAAUCAUAAACUGUCAGACUAAGUGCAGCUCAGCAUGCUGAGCUCGUCGCCACACAGCAGCUGAAUCUUCAAUUCAUAUUAAACAUGUGCGUGUGUUGCGCCGCUAAAGGUCAGUGUUGUUGUUUACUGUCGUCUCAGACUCAGUGUGGGCUGCCAGAUCUCCACCUUUGUUCCAUGUAUUCAUUUGUUCACCAUUAAAUUCAUUGUCAUUUCGUUUUCACCCCGUGUUGUUCUUUCUUUCACUCCGACAUCAGCCCUUCACCUUCACCACUCGCCGGCUUCGUGGGGAAACUUCCCAGAGCAGGGAACAAAAACCCCCAGCUCCUGUGUUUCACGUCUGCCCCCAGUUUAUUUCACCAGAAACAUCUAAUCAGAUUGGUGCGGAUUAAACGUCGUCUAGCAGGAGGUGAUUAGAAAACGGCUGUGGGAGCUGAACAUCAGACUCUCCAGCGUUGAUUCUCCAAACCGAUUACCCUGCCUGUCUGGACGCUGAAGUCUGAGGAAGGAUGGAUCGAGUUGUUGAAAAAACAGGAACUAAACAUGAAAUAAAGAAAGAUUAGUAGAUUACAUACGAAAAAAAGCCAAAUUAUGCAGUUAUUAUUAUAAAUUAUCAUGUAUAUUCAAGUGAUAAAAAGUCUAUUUCCUUUAUACACUUUACCUUGACAUUUACUUUUCAGUUUCCCUCUUACCAUUUCUCAUUUAUUUCAUUCAUUCCAUAUAUGUUUUGUUUCUUCCUUAUGUUUUUUCUUCCCUGUAUCAUAUCUAUAUUAUAUAUUUUUUUAUUUUCUUUUUUUUCUGACAGAUUUAUAUCAGAUUCUUCUUCUUCUUCUAUAAAAUGUGUUUUCCAACUUCCUUAUUUUUCCUAUAUAUUUCCCUACAUUUGUUUAUUAACUAUUUAUUGCACCUUUUUGUCUCCCUGUUUUCUCAUUGGUUUAUGUCCAUAUUUCCUUGUGUGUCACUUAUAUUUGCAGUUAUGCCCAUUAUGUGUAUUUUUAUUUUUAAAAAUAUAAUGAAAACAAUAAAUAAUAAAAAAAAAAAAGUUUUAUUACUAAAAAAUUAUUUGUUACAUGGCUUACUGAUUCAUAUCUGCUCAGUAUUUUAACAUCAAUAUAUAUUUUUAAUAGGCUUCAAUUGCAGACUUAAGUAUGGAAGCUCAGAGCUGCCAGCAGGGGAAAAUAUUUAAAAUCAGUAUCACAUUAUUUCAGAUAUUUAAUCACGAUAUUUCAUGGUAAUGUUUGCGUUGUGGAUGAUCUGAGAUCUACCAGGACCAGGCGGCGUAAAAAGAAUCAGGAGUAAAGGAAGUAAAAAAGAAUAUAUUUCCUGUUUGCUCCUUCACUUGAACUUGUGCUGACUGCUUCUUUAAGAAGCAUGAGUCACAGUCCGCAGGACUUCUGAAGCGUCUUGUGUAACGGCAAACAAAUCUGAUCGAUUCCUAUCUCCAUCUUCCAUGUUUGCCUCAUUUGUUUUGUCUGGGAAAGUCGAGCACAGAUUGUGGUGUUAUCACAAUAACAAUGACCACGUACAGAGCGGCCCGGACGCCAGCAGCCCCGUAACCUCCCUCCUCUCUUCUCCUCAGUUUCCAUGGCAACGGUAUUUUGUUUCCCUCCCUGACAGGAAGAGAGAUGGAAGCUCAGGAUGAGAACAGAGGUUAGAGUCAGACCUCAGAUAAGGGCAGCGAAGGCAGCGGAAUGACGGAGCUGAUAGAGCGCAGGGGGGUCUUCAGCUUUAUGGCCGUUAAGUGGCUUUUCUCGUUUCCAGUGAGAGUGCUGGAAUUGAAAGAAUGAAAAAAAACCAGUGUUACAUAAACCAAAAUUGAGCCUGACUCACAGCUCAAAUCACCUGGGAGUCUUUGACAGCGCGGCAGAGGGACGAGCUGACAGAUUCCUUCACAACACACUGGAUGUUUCCCUCCCUGACACGGCCCUUUCUGAAGGACGGUGCCUUCGAAGCAACACAGUGAAUCUCUUAGAGCCGCUGCAUAGUCUCUGUUAAGAUUUUCAAUUGCUCCUCUGAGGGACCAGUGUUUCGACUUGCUAAUUGAAAUUGAUGCAGCAGAUGAAAUUGAAAGCAGAUUUAUUUGGUUUUCUGGCUUUAAUACAAAGCCGUGUUAAGUCUCCUCUUGUUGUCAUGCUGCGCUUCAUUUCUAAUGUGUAGUUGAGGUCAGACUCCAUUCAUUCUCUGGGUUAUUGACUGACUUUCACCACAGUAAAUACUUGGGUGUUUAGUUAAAUAGAGCUCAGUCGGUCAGUUGAUAAUGGAAAAAGAACUGCAUAUAAAACUAGUGUGAUUUUAAAAUGUCUAAACUCUAUUGUUUAUUAAUUCAUGCACAUUAAUUUUUGAAUGAAUAACUGGAAGUUUAAAAUGAUUUAAAAUUCAUACAAAGUCAGUUUUUCUCCUCUAUUUUUCAUAUUUUUUAACCCACCUUUUAUAUGCAAAUUUGUCACAGUAACACCUGAUUUUGAAAUACAUAUUAAUGUUGUUGAUUUUGAUUCAAUAGAAUUUCUGGUACAAUAAAGCUCAAACCCACUGUCGAGAGUAAACUGCCCAGUGAAAGAUUCUUCCCCCGCUGCUCUUUUAAAAUCAAUUCCGUCUGUGCAAACCCCGGAAUCCUUCAUCCCGCUCUGCUGAAUGGCAGCAGAGAGAAGAGAAGGACUUGUUUGUGAAGUGGCUUCCUUCAUGAAAGUGGGGCUAUUCAGGAGAAAACAUAAUUCAUUCUCGCAGAAUUCAUUUGCCGGAAUAACUGAAAAGUUAAGUAAACACGACCUACAGUCCGGAGCAGAACCUGUCUCACCAUCCGCGGUGCUUCCAUGACAACCAGACUGGGGAGGAUGAGCCGGAGGAAGUAAUGAGAUUUGCUCCUCAGACAGAUGCCACCUUGCACUACUCACUUCCUGCCUAAUGACCUCUGGCUUCAUAUCUCAAACUGCUUUCAAUAUAUAGAGUGGUGAAAUGAGUUGCUUCCUGGUGAAAAUAAGC